GACGUCACUUCCGGGGCGGAGGAGACUGAGUGGUGCAGUGAGGGACAAACAAAAGGAGGCGCCGGAGGGGCCCGGAGACCGGUGGCCGGACGGAGCGGCGGGGGCCCGGGGGCUGCCUGCUGGGCGGCCGGGCGCGGCGGGCCCAGGGAGGCAGCUUCCAUGGAGCGAAAGAAAUGCCAGGAGCCUGCCCAGACAGAAGCGGGCCAGCGUCGGCACCGGCAGCCAGCGCGCAGAUAGCAGAGCCGUCCCCGGGACAUGGAAGCUGAGGCUGAGAGGGAAGAAGCAGUUUACCCAGACUCACCGGGAAAGAAGGUUGAACCAUGAUUCCGGUGACCGAGCUCCGCUACUUUGCGGACACACAGCCGGCGUACCGGAUCCUGAAGCCGUGGUGGGACGUGUUCACCGACUACAUCUCCAUCGUCAUGCUGAUGAUCGCAGUCUUCGGGGGCACGCUGCAGGUCACCCAGGACAAGAUGAUCUGCCUGCCCUGUAAGUGGGUCACCAAGGACUCCUGCAACGACUCCUUCCGGAGCUGGGCCGCCCCCGCCCCGGAGCCCGUCUACCCCAACUCCACCGUCCUGCCGAGCCCCGACACCGGCCCCACGGGCAUCAAGUACAACCUGGACCGGCACCAGUACAACUACGUGGACGCCGUGUGCUACGAGAACCGCCUGCACUGGUUCGCCAAGUACUUCCCCUACCUGGUGCUGCUGCACACGCUCAUCUUCCUGGCCUGCAGCAACUUCUGGUUCAAGUUCCCGCGCACCAGCUCCAAGCUGGAGCACUUUGUGUCCAUCCUGCUCAAGUGCUUCGACUCGCCGUGGACCACGCGGGCCCUGUCGGAGACGGUGGUGGAGGAGAGCGACCCCAAGCCGGCCUUCAGCAAGAUGAACGGCUCCAUGGACAAGAAGUCCUCCACCGUCAGCGAGGACGUGGAGGCCACGGUGCCCAUGCUGCAGCGGACCAAGUCUCGGAUCGAGCAGGGCAUCGUGGACCGCUCGGAGACGGGCGUGCUGGACAAGAAGGAGGGGGAGCAGGCCAAGGCGCUCUUCGAGAAGGUGAAGAAGUUCCGGACCCACGUGGAGGAGGGCGACAUCGUGUACCGCCUCUACAUGCGGCAGACCAUCAUCAAGGUGAUCAAGUUCAUCCUCAUCAUCUGCUACACCGUCUACUACGUGCACAACAUCAAGUUCGACGUGGACUGCACCGUGGACAUCGAGAGCCUGACUGGCUACCGCACCUACCGGUGCGCCCACCCGCUGGCCACGCUCUUCAAGAUCCUGGCGUCCUUCUACAUCAGCCUGGUCAUCUUCUACGGCCUCAUCUGCAUGUACACGCUGUGGUGGAUGCUGCGCCGCUCCCUCAAGAAGUACUCCUUCGAGUCCAUCCGGGAGGAGAGCAGCUACAGCGACAUCCCCGACGUCAAGAACGACUUCGCCUUCAUGCUGCACCUCAUCGACCAGUACGACCCACUCUACUCCAAGCGCUUCGCCGUCUUCCUGUCGGAGGUGAGCGAGAACAAGCUGCGGCAGCUGAACCUCAACAACGAGUGGACGCUGGACAAGCUGCGCCAGCGGCUCACCAAGAACGCGCAGGACAAGCUGGAGCUGCACCUGUUCAUGCUCAGCGGCAUCCCCGACACCGUGUUCGACCUGGUGGAGCUGGAGGUGCUGAAGCUCGAGCUGAUCCCGGACGUGACCAUCCCGCCCAGCAUCGCCCAGCUCACGGGCCUCCAGGAGCUGUGGCUGUACCACACGGCGGCCAAGAUCGAGGCGCCGGCCCUGGCCUUCCUGCGCGAGAACCUGCGGGCGCUGCACAUCAAGUUCACGGACAUCAAGGAGAUCCCGCUGUGGAUCUACAGCCUGAAGACGCUGGAGGAGCUGCACCUCACGGGCAACCUGAGCGCCGAGAACAACCGCUACAUCGUCAUCGACGGGCUGCGCGAGCUCAAGCGCCUCAAGGUGCUGCGGCUCAAGAGCAACCUGAGCAAGCUGCCGCAGGUGGUCACGGACGUGGGCGUGCACCUGCAGAAGCUGUCCAUCAACAACGAGGGCACCAAGCUCAUCGUCCUCAACAGCCUCAAGAAGAUGGUGAACCUGACCGAGCUGGAGCUCAUCCGCUGCGACCUGGAGCGCAUCCCCCACUCCAUCUUCAGCCUCCACAACCUGCAGGAGAUCGACCUCAAGGACAACAACCUCAAGACCAUCGAGGAGAUCAUCAGCUUCCAGCACCUGCACCGCCUCACCUGCCUUAAGCUCUGGUACAACCACAUCGCCUACAUCCCCAUCCAGAUCGGCAACCUCACCAACCUCGAGCGCCUCUACCUGAACCGCAACAAGAUCGAGAAGAUCCCGCCCCAGCUCUUCUACUGCCGCAAGCUGCGCUACCUGGACCUCAGCCACAAUAACCUGACCUUCCUCCCCGCCGACAUCGGCCUCCUGCAGAACCUCCAGAACCUGGCCAUCACAGCCAACCGGAUCGAGGCGCUGCCCCCGGAGCUCUUCCAGUGCCGGAAGCUGCGGGCCCUGCACCUGGGCAACAACGUGCUGCAGUCGCUGCCCUCGCGGGUGGGCGAGCUGACCAACCUGACCCAGAUCGAGCUGCGGGGCAACCGGCUGGAGUGCCUGCCCGUGGAGCUGGGCGAGUGCCCGCUGCUCAAGCGCAGCGGCCUGGUGGUGGAGGAGGACCUGUUCAACACGCUGCCGCCGGAGGUGAAGGAGCGGCUGUGGCGGGCCGACAAGGAGCAGGCCUGACCGUGCGGGCCGCCCAGCGCAGGGACCACCGGGCCUCCGCCCCGCACCCGGGCGCCCGCCUCGGCCCGGCAGGACGGGAGCUGGGCCAGGGGGCCGGCAGCACCUGAGGGGCUGGCCCCUUUGCCCGCUGAGACUGUGCCCGCAGGCGCCUGCGGGAGCUGGGGACCUGUGAUCUGUCUCAGAGCCGUGUCUGGACAAUCAGGCCGCCUCCCUGGAGGCCGUCUCUGCCCCAGGGGCUGAGCCAUGCAGAGGUCCGGGGACAUCACCUUAGCUCUUGGUAUUUAUUUUCUCCACCUCCGCUCCCUCCUCCAAUAACUCACACAUUCCCAAGGAACGCUCCCGUGGGGGUGUUGGAGGGAGGGGGGGCUGUUUUGCUUUCCCUUCUGUGGCGCCGCCAGCAUUUAGUGCCCACCGGGACCUGAGCAGAGUGGCCAGGGAGAUCACCCCGGGGUGCCGGGCUGGGCUCUGGGGCCCGGCGUGCAGAGCAGGCCACCAGGUGGGAAGGCCAGGCCUGGGGCUUGCCUCACCCGCUUUGGCUUUUUUUUUUUUUUUUUUUUUUUAAGUCACACUUUUUUUAAGCUUUGAAAACGGAGGGUUUGGGUAUUAAAAAGAAAAAACGUAAAAAAAAAAAAAAAAAAAAAAAAAGACACUAAAGGCCAGUGAGCUGGAGUCUCAGGGUGGGCGCAGCUCCCCGCGGGCGGCAGGACCGAGUGUUUCCUCCCGGGUGUCUUCCGAAUCUGCUGACCUUGGUCCAGAGUUCUCUUUGUUCCUCUCCUCCCCUGGGGGGCAGAGGGGGGGGACGUUGCUGUUUUGUUUUCCGUGUCUUGUUUUCCUUCUCCCCCAUGUGUCUUGGCAGGCGCUCACCGCUGUGGCCGCUGGCCAGAGGGAAUGUUCUGGAGCUGCCAAGACGGGAGGAGACUCGGGCUGGCUACUCCCCGGGCGAACGGUGCUCCCUCCUCCCUGCCCCUCGUCACAGUGUUAGGAGCCAGGAGGGCUGCCUCUCGGACUCUGCUUCCCCACCUCCUGUGUCAUGAGUGUGCCCGGUGCCACCCCUCGGCCCCGCUGCUCCCGUCCGCACAGACGGUGGGAGGAGGCGGGCGGCGGUGGGGAGGUCGCCCCCGGAAGAGGGGGCUCCCCAAGCCUGGCACCCGGGGCCCGCUCAGCGCCCGGGGGCGAGAAGCCCUCACUGUGGAUCGGUCAACGGGGUCCGCCUUAGAUCAAUCACUUGGACACUAAGGCACGUGUCAGCGUCUCUCGUCUGAACAAUCACGUCUCUGUCCCACUGUGUGUUCUGCGUCGCGUCAUUGAAUGUUACCCUCGGAAAUAACGCACACUAGCCUGACAACCACGAAGCAAUCCGUUACCUGUGGGUCUGAACUGUAGACUCGUUCGAAUAUCAAAUAAACCUGUAACAG